AUGGGGUGUUCUGUCACUAAAACAAAAGCAAAUGAGAAUCUUAAAACAAAUACAACAGACAAGUUCGAAUCAUAUUUGAUAACUCAAAGCCUUGUACAAACUCCGCCAGUACCAAUUAAAAAAUAAUAUUCAAUUGAAAAGAACCCAAUUAUAUAAAGAAGAAGAUUAAAGUCUUAACAAAAGACAAGGACUACUUCAGUCGUCGAAAAAUAGGAUUUUUCUGUUUGA